AUGGUCGGGAAUUCGACAACAUUGCUCUGCGAUCCUUCUUCCUCCAUCACGGCAUCCAGCUGCGUCUCUCUUGCCCCUCCUCCACAGUUUUGGGCAGAGGCCUUGUCCACAGCGACGUUCCUCGUCAACAGGCGCCCAUGCCGUGCCACUGGCGAGCGCACUCCACACGAGUUGCUCCUCGGUGUCGCCCCGGACUACACCAAGCUCCGCGUGUUCGGCUCAUUAUGCUACCCCAACCUGACCGCCACGACGCCGAACAAGCUCAGUCCAUGCUCUGUGCCCUGCGUCUUCCUCGACUACCCGACGGAUCAUCGCGGCUACCGCUGCUACGAGCCCACGACGCGACGCGUGUUCACCUCGCGUCAUGUCGUGUUUGACGAGAUGACGUUCCCUUUUCGCCAGGCCUCGCCACCCGGCAUCACGACGGCAGGCGCGCCAGAACAACUCCCUCUCGACGACCAACCUUGCACGCCACCUGCGGUCGCAGUUCAGGCGCCUCCCCCAAUGCCACCAGCUGCCUCCUCCGUGAUGCCGCCCUCUGGAUCGCAGACGACUACCUCGCGCACGGCUCCAGCUCGUGAUGCGACCCCACCGGCUCCGGUCACGACGCUCGCGUCACCUGUGCACACGGACGCGCAACCUGCUUCCCCACUGUCGUCGUCCUCGCCUGCACCGACGAUGCCAUCACCACCAGCUACCACGCCGCCGGCAUCGACCACCCGGUACGUCUUGACGAGCUCAACACCGAUCUCCCCGGUGCUCACGUCUGUGCGCAACGUGCUCAAAGACCCCAACUGGCGCGCGGCGAUGCAGCUCGAGUUUGACGCGCUCCAGGCCAACCGUACAUGGCGUCUCGUCUCUCGCCCGCCGGGUGUUCGCGUCAUCACAGGCAAGUGGGUGUUCAAGAUCAAGACCCACUCUGACGGCAGCCUGGACCGGUACAAGGCUCGGUGUUUUGCCAGCAACCAACCGGCUUCGUCGACCCCGAGCACUCGGAUGCGGUCUGCCUCCUGUCACGCUCCCUCUACGGGCUACGCCAAGCCCCACGAGCGUGGUUCCAGAGCUUUGUCGCCUUCGUCACUUCCAUUGGCUUUAGGCACUCGCUCCGACUCCUCCCUCUUCGUGUACCACAACGGCCGGCAGAUGGCGUACCUCUUGUUGUACGUGGACGACAUGGUCUUAACAGCUUCCACGACAAUGCUGCUCGAGCAACUCAUCCAGCGUCUGCGCACCGCAUUCGCCAUGAAAGACAUAGGCCCUGUCAAGUACUUUCUCGGCAUCGACGUCAAGCGGAACUCAGGCGGCUUCUUCCUCUCGCAGUCCCAGUACGCCGCCGACCUCCUGGAAUGUGCCGGGAUGAGCAACUGCAAGCCAGUGGAUACACCUGCAGACACGAAGCAGAAGGUGUCCACCGACGAUGGCAACCUUCUUCCUGACGGUUCUUCCUAUCACAGCUUGGCCGGUGCUCUGCAAUAUCUGACGAUCACGCGCCCUGACAUUGCCUACACGGUGCAGCAAGUUUGCUUGCAUAUGCAUGCGCCGCGUGACUGUCAUUUGGCGUUGCUCAAGAGGGUCCUGCGCUACGUCAAGGGCACGUCUGCGUUCGGGAUGCAAUUGCUUGCUUCUUCGACACCGACGAUUACAGCGUACACCGACGCCGACUGGGCCGGAUGCCCGGACACCCGUCGCUCGAUGUCUGGUUACUGCGUCUUCUUCGGUGAUGCACUCGUCUCUAGGUCCUCCAAGCGGCAGCCAAUGGUGUCUCGAUCAAGCACGGAGGCUGAGUACCGUGGCAUCGCAAAUGCCGUCGCAGAGUGCAGCUGGCUGCGGCAUCUUUUGGGCGAGUUGUACAUCGACGUUCCCAAGGCCACGAUCGCGUACUGCUGA